CCUGCCCAGCUGUGUACGGGAGAGCUGGCAGCACCACCACUGCCACCACCAAGCAUGAAGCUCCUGGGGAUUGCCUUCUUUUUGCUAGCUGUAUUCUGUGCUUGCACUGUGGGAGAAGAUGUCGUUUCAACCAGUACCGUCACUACAACCACUUUUGCACCAACAUUAAAACCUGCAACAGAAGCUGUGGACCCAGCAAUUUCACAAACACCACCACUGCAAACAUCGGUGCUGACAACUGCAGUCAGAGCUACAACUGAACCCCCCACAACCACCUCCACACCUCCUUCACCUAAUGCUACACAAAAAACAACACAAGGUACCACGACAAACCCACCAGCAAAAGAGACAACUACAGCACCAGAGAAAAGCGACAGCCCAACAAAUACUACGCAAGCAAGCGGAACACAGUUGGCAUACAAUGAGAGUUUGGAUGCUUCAUCUACUAAGGGAUCAUCUUUCUCCUCUACGGUCUCUCUCCAAAACCCCACUUCUGCUCCUGGAACCUCAGGUCUUCACACGAGCUCCCUAACACAAUCAACAAAUCUAGAUAUUGGCAUUCCUGGAAGCAGUUCUGGAAACAGCAAUGUGGCAGACAAGGAUAGCCACUAUUCUAGCAUUAUCUUGCCAGUUGUCAUCACCUUGAUAGUCAUUACCCUCUCUGUCUUCUCACUGGUGGCUUUGUACAGAAUGUGCCAGAAGAAAGCUCCAGAGAGACAAGAGAACGGCACUGAACAGACCCAGUCAGAUAAAGAAGGGGUCAAACUUCUUUCUGUGAAGACAACUUCCUCUGAGACUGGAGAGCACUCAUCUCAGGGGAAGAAUAAAACUCGGCAACUCUUCACACCUCAGCAAUGAAAAAAUGGGGAGCAGCUUGUUUCAUCACAAUAUGCAGGAACAUCCCACCAAAGUUGGUUUCACAGGAAAUGUGGAGCAGCUGAAGCUUCUUAAUAGGCAGGACACUUGUGUUAAUGACCAGCUCUUGACUUCUAAAUCUCAAGUGUUUCCUGUCCCUUCUGGAAUGACAUGUAAUUUUUUGAUGGCUUAAUAACUGGCAUAUCACAUGUAUUUAUUAUUUUCACAUAUAGCAAAAGCAAGAAAACUUUUGAGAAGGUCAAAGGGAAGGAAAAAAAAAUCAGGUGAUGUUUGUGUAGCGGUUACUAAAAACGUUUUCUGCACAUGGAGGAAGGAAUAUGUUAGCACACUUUGUUGAACUUAUCGUAGAUAGGGUUCUCUUACUUGUAUGUAGCAAAACACAAGCAGGGCCUGACCCUUGAAACAGUACUGGGCAAACUGCCACUUUGAAAAUUAAUUCAGUGAUUUCCACAAGACUGUAGCACACACCUUGCUUGUCAUAAAUGUUUACAGGAUGGGCUGGGUGCCUGGGUGAAACGCCGAAGGGUGUGUUUUAUUCUGUGAAAGGAGGAAGAUACCUUGCACUGAGGCUCUUUGAAGUUCUGUAAAUUACUGAAUAUGAUCCUUGUAAUGUAGCAGGCAACGUAGGGUUUUUUCACCUGUUCCUUGGCUAAUUGCAUUAUGUGUGCUAUAAAUGUCUCCUGUGUAGCCUGGGGCACACAACAGGGAUCAGCAAGAUAAGCAGUUCUGCAGCUGAACAGUCUUCCCUCUGUUCUGAGCAAUGCAUGGGAUUCCUGCGGGUUACUCUGGAAGUUUAAAGAGUGUUUCAAGUGCCAAUUAUAGACUCUCUUCGUUUGUACAGAGCUGGCAAUUCAGAAAUAUCAAGUAGUGCUUCUACCUGCAUGUAUCCUACUUUUCUAGAACUAUAAAUGUUGGGAAAAUUAUAUUACUGUGAGCAUCUGCUCAGUCUCAAUCCACUAACGCUGGUAGCAUGCCAGAGAUGUUCUGUUGGUGAAUGGAAAGAAUGGUGGUCUAAGUGUAGAACCAAGAGCCAGGACAAUAAUCUAAGUUUUGAUACCUAUUGAUACAGUGCUUUUGAGGAACCUCUUCCCCCAGUUUCCCUUUCUGAAAUGAUAAAGCUUACCUCUCAGUAUGGGAAGAGAUGGAGCAGAUUUGAUAGUUCAUGUUUACACAUGAAACUGAAGCGUUGUUUUCUUUGUGCUUGACCAUUGCUCUGAUUUCUGCAUUGAUGGGUCAAAGCAUCUUCUGUCUUAGUGGCAACAAGAGCAACUUUUGAUGAAGCUCUGUAAAAGAUGGGGACCCAAUAAGUGUCCUCUAUGCUGCAGCUGAAUUUACAUAGUUGGUUCAGGUAUUUCUGGAUCACUUGGGUUGCUCAGGAGCAGAGGAGUCUGAGAUGCCUACUUUGGAAAAGUCAGGACAUCUGAAAUACAGUAGUUGGCAUCAGCAAGCAUUCAGAUUCCUGACUUGCUGAAGUUUUCUAUGACAAAAAGCAAUCAUUAUGGAUUUUCAAGUUGUUGGGGGGGGGGAAGUAUUUGUAGCGUGUUGUGUCAUACUGAAAGGAAGUUAAAAAAAAUGCAGAAAAAGAUUGUGAAAUAAAUACAUAUAUUUGUUUAGAAACUGCCAUGGUGUGCCAAGAAAAAAAUG